AUGUCGGCCUUCCUUCGCUCCGCUAGCCGCACUGCCGUCUCGUCGGCUCGCAGCUUCAGCACCAGCUCCCCGCGCGAGGUCGCCCGCAUUACUGUCAUCGGCCGCCUUGCCGAUACCCCCGAGCUUCGUACUUCCGCCAGCGGCCGCCAGUGGCUGCGUUACACUGUCAACACCCGGUCUGGCCCUGCCUCGAACCCCAAGACCAGUUGGUGGAAUGUCAACGCCUGGAUUGAGGAGGGCCCCCAGCGUCAGUUCCUGCAGAACCUCCCCAAGGGCUCGCUCGUCAUGGUUGAUGGCGAUGUGACUAUUGACCAAUGGGUUACUGCUGAGGGUACCCAGCGCUCGGCUCUGAACAUCAGGCACCGCAGCAUCGAGGUUCUGCGCCGCCCGCGCCGGAACAUCCAGGAGGGUGAGCAGCAGGAGAGCCAGCAGGAGGGCCAGCAGCAGUGA